AUGUCAAAAGUCCAAGUUUCCGAUCCAAAACUUUGGAAUCCAUUUUUACAUGAAUUGUCAAGACGGGGUUUUGAUGAUAUUGAAUAUGAUGAUAAAAAAACUGUGGAUGAGUACUUGGAUGAAUAUUUGGAUGAUGAAAGUGAAGAAUCAAAUGAGCAUCAUGUAAAGACGGUUGUCCUCCCAAAAGCAACGACUCAACAUUAUAUAGAAAAAGCCAAACAAUCCUUAAAUGAUUUGAAAAUCGAACCUCAAGAAAUACCAAACUUCCGAUAUUUAUGGGUCAAUGUGAAAUUAAAGGUUUUAAUCCGUUAUCAAUUUUUACCGUUAUCGGAAGUAGGAGGCUCUGGGAUGACUGGUGCAGAUUAUUUAUUUCGUCUCAUUUCUUUGAAAAAAGUUGAAUGGAAUUCGAAUGGAACAAUCUAUUUUGUAUCUACAUCAAUUAAUACAGAAAAAAUACCAUUUGUAAAUGGCAAAAUUCGUUCAUUUCUCAGUCUCAGUGGCUGGAUUCUUGAACCUAUUUCAAAUAAUCCACCUCGUACAAGAGUGACAUAUGUUGUUCAAAUUCAUGUUAAAGGAUGGGUUCCUACGGUAGUCGCGAAAAAGUAUUUAUCAAGACGUCCUCUUGUCAUUAAUAAAAUUAAUAAUUAUCUGCAAAGGCACGGUGCACCCGAAUUAUCACUUCCUCCAACGCCGUCAGCUUCUGCUCAUACAUCGUUAUUUCUAGAUAGGAAUGAACUAAACUUUAAUGAUAAUUUGUCAGUUGAUUUAAAUACUCCGGUAGUUCCAGUUGACCAACCAAAUGAACCAGAAGGUAAUCAUGAAGAAAAUUCUAAACUCAUAUCUAAGGAUCAUGAUCAGUCAUCUCUUCCCUCAUCAUCUGAGCAUACUCCUGAACAUGGAUUCAAAGACUUUACUAUUCCUUUGUCACACCUCCCUAUUUUAUUGUCCGAAAAUAAUCCUAAGUUGUCUCAAGAACCUAAAUCGGAUCCACCUGUAUUAGAAAUGCCGACUGUAAAAAAAGUGAAAUUACAUCCUCAUCACGAUACCGCGUUGGAGGCUAUCAGGUUGCUUAAAUCAUUGGCAAGAGACCAAAGUAGUUGGGAAUUGUAUUCAGAAAGCAAGGGAGUCAAGGUUUACCUAAAGGAUGCUCCUGGCAAAUCUGUACCAUGUAUGCGUGGGGAUAUUACUAUCUACGGUGAUUUUCUUCCAGAAGACAUUUGUUCAUAUACCACCUCUUUAGACGCGAGAAAAUUGUGGGAUGAUCGAUACGAAGAAGGUUCUACAAUUGAACGAUAUAGCCUUACCAAUGUGAUGACUAGAUCAGCUAUGAAAGGUACCUUCCCCAUCAGUGGUCGUGAUUUUGCGAUGAUUUGUACGAUUGAACGUGAUCCGGAUGGUACGAUCUGGUGUGUCGCUAAAUCGAUUGUUGAUUCCAAAAUUCCCGAAAACAAAAAAUAUAUUCGGGCAGAGUUAAAUCUCGCUGGAUGGGAAUUACGACCUAUCUAUGAUAGUGCUGGUAACAGAACCGCAGUUGAUCUUAAAUAUAUUGUUGACAUUGAUAUUAAACUUGACUCAGUUCCAUCGAGAAUCCUGAAGUCAAUUUCAAUGCAGACGCCAAUGUGCGUUGUUAAGAUUGAUGAGUUAUUGAAAAAUAUUGGAUUUCCACCGUAUAUUCGACAUACAACUGGAGAAAUAAUACACGAGGAGUUUAAUACAGACAACUUUCAGUAUGAUUUAAUAUUGACAAAUAAUGGUGAAGAAAAAGGAAUUACGGAACUUCGAACAUCAAAUAAAAUGUAUCCUAAUGGUUUUAACAUUUCUAUUCGACCGACGGAUGUUAUGGUUGACUUGCAUCCAAAUGAUAAUGGUGUUUUCUGUAUCACCGUUCCGGCCGGUAUUAAUGCAAAAGAAUUAUCUAUAUUAAUAACUAAGAACUCAUCUAGAGAUGGUCAAAUUACAUACAAUGGAUCCAAAUUAUUGAGGCCAAUAUAUAAGAAUGAAAAUAGAGACAAUAAGCUUAGCACUGCAUCAAUAAGCAAGAUUGAUGUACAAUCAAAAAGAACACGAGAAGUACCUCAAAUGCACCAAGAUCAACAAAUAAGCAAAGCUAGCAUACAACCAAGUACCUCCAAGAAAAUAUCCCUUCCAACCGAGAUUAAUAAUAUCGAAAUUAAUCAUAAUAAGAACAGUGAUAAUGUAGAACAUAAAGAAUCAUCGAAAAUGUAUAAACAAAGGAGUGACUUAAUUGUUUUGUCAGAACAAAUCAAAUUUGAUUACAAACAACUUGGUAUAAUGUUUGCUUCUAUGCUAUUAGCGUAUCAAGCUGGUAAACUUAGUGGAUGUUAA